GCCAGACUGCGCCCACGGCGAGUUGACUUCCGCUUCCGGGUGGCGCCUGCAAGUCGGUGGCUGUUGAAGCUCAGCCAUCGCCAUGGAGUUGUUGGGCGAGUAUGUCGGGCUGGAUGGGCAACAGCAGCGGCUGCGGGUGCCCUGUGAGGUGCCGGCCGACGCCGAUCCUUACGAGACCCUGUUGUCUGGCGUGGCCCAGAUGAGAGACCUGGUGACAGAACUCUUCGGCCCCCUGGUACAGCCGGAAGCGCAAGACCGGGUGGCGGCUCCAGAAGAGGCCUUGGACGGUGAUGAUGAAGAUGAUGCAGAAGAUGAAAAUAACACUGAUAACAGAACUAACUCAGAUGGACCAUCUGCAAAACGGCCCAAACCACCAUCUUAAGAAUAGCUUUUAUGAAAUUUAAAAGACUGCUACUAUAUCUGAAUUAUCACAUGCUGACAUUUAGGAAAGACUGGUGCUCUAAUUUGGAAAAGCAUUUGUUUUAUUCCCCUAGGACAAUUUUGUCAAAGAAAAAAAUGUACCUUGUUUCCACCAAAGAAAGAUAUAAUAAAUGUUUAGAAAUGAAUCUGUUUUCUUGAGUGAGAAAUAAAUUUGAUACUGUGGAAAUAACUAGAACACUCAAUGCUAUAUAAAAUCCUCUAAGUUGGCAACUGAAUAUUUGUUCAGUUUUCUACUUUUUAAAUAACCAUUGAAUUAAGUUGUGUGAUGUCUACAUCUUGUGGCUUCUGCUUGUUAUAAAAAGUACACAUCAUAGUCCCGCACAAUAACAUUUCAAAGAAAAUGUAAGUGGAGAAAAUCGGAUAUUAGAUUUAAGAAUGGCAGAUCUGUGUAAGAAGAAGGAAAAUGGGAAUAGAAAUACUGAAGAGGGAGAUGAGCCCGGAGAGAGACCCAAGGAAACCUGGAGUCCAUACUUAUACCCAGUAUAUAGACAUCCAGAGAUGAUACCACUCAAUGAAUAUAUACAUUUAACUUGUAACUUAAGAGAACAAAGUUGGGCGUGCUUUUAUGCUGUAGCAUGUUAUGUAUCUAAACACAAAUGUAAGUCUUAAACAAUCUAUGUUGACUUUAACUUAAGGUAUUUCUCAUCCUGUAUCCAUGCUUUGAUUUUGCUUACCCCAAAGGCCUGUUGAAUCCUUUAAAAUACAUAUAUAUUCCUAAAA